AUGUUUCAACCACUCGGUCUAUUUGCCGAAAUACCUUGUCCUCGGGGUCAAGAAUGUGAUCUUUUCACAUGCAUGUUCAACCACGAUAAGUGCACCCUAGCGACAGCCAGCAGGCCCUCUAACGCUGCCGCCAUCCUCAGCGAUGAAAGUGGGCAUGUCUCUAAGAAGCAAAGAUUAGGCGAGGUCAACUCAGCUCAGAGGGAUCCCUCGACUUCUCUCGGAAAUCAGCAAUAUCCGAAGCUACCAACGAAAACUCCCUUGCCGACAUUGAGUUCAAAACCUCAAUCUCAAGGCACUCGCGGCGACGGCGUUAAGCUGCCAUCAGCCUCUCGAAAUCAGCAACACGGCCCCCUCUCCAGGAGACACGUCAAAGAAGCUCCCCCCCCUCGAAAAGUGCGGAAAGAAAGCUUGAAUCCUCGUAUGCUCACCAAAGCUCCAGCUACCCAUGCCGUUCGAUCUGCCAUUUUGGAUAAGCUUCACGGGGCUAUGUCGACGCUCAACACGAAGUUGGUCAGUUCCAAAGAUGAAUCAAACAAGUGCUUUGUUCUCAAUCGCGAUGAACUUGUGACUAUGGCCUUGGAUGAGGAGGAAAAAGUGGCACGAGAUAAUUACAGUGUUUAUUCCAACAUUAUCAAACUCCGAAUUGUCAAAUUGACAAAGAUGAAAUUGGAAGAUUGGACCGAUGAAGUGAAGACCCAUCUGAAUACCCGCUAUUACAAGAUCAAGCCCAUUGAGCCCACCCAAGCCGCCCCAACCUCACCCCCCAUUGACACCGGCCUCUCCGUCAAAGAGGAAAUAGCCAUCGCUACUCAUCUCAUUACCUCACUGGACGGCCUCGAAGAGUAUGGCUAUGUCACAAAAGCACCUUCAGAGGCAGCCAUAGAAACAGCCAAGCAAGGGGUUUCCGAUUCAAAAGGCUGGGAGAAAUGCGAACGAUGCGGUGGGCGAUUCCAAGUCUUCCCCGGUCGCCGCGAAGAUGGGGCAUUGGCGUCUGGGGGCCAGUGUACUUACCAUCCCAGCCGGCCAUUUCAUCCUCCUCGCAAGAGGACCGACAAUGUUACUGGUUCCUCAGAGACAUACUUUCCCUGCUGCAGCGAAACUGUGGGUACCUCAUCCGGAUGCACCAAGGCCAACACACAUGUUUUCAAAGUAUCAGAGACCAAACGACUGGCAUCGCUCAUUCGCCUCACUGCUGUCAGCUGGCCAGAAGGCCGGGAGCUACUCGAUGUCCUCGUCAAGCCUAUGGGAGAGGUGUUGGAUCUGAACUCGCGUUUCUCGGGCGUCUUUCCUGAGCACUAUGCCUCCGCUGUGCCCUACGGGAUCCCAAUACCUAAAGCAGCUUCGUCAGAUAGUCAACUGGAGAAGUCCAAAUCGAUGCAAGUUGUCGAGUCACCGGCUGUGGCACGGGAACUUCUAUUGAACCUUCUUCAACCGGAUACGCCAUUGAUCGCACAUGCAAUAGACAACGAUCUCAAUGCUUGCCGGAUCAUCCACCCCACCGUCAUCGACACGGUGAUUCUCUACCCCAACCCGGCCGGCGGUCUCCCUCUCCGCGUUGGUUUGAAGGCUCUUGCUCGCAGAUUUCUGGAGCGCGACAUCCAAACCGGAGGGAACCAAGGCCAUGAUUCUAAAGAGGAUUCUAUCGCAACGGGAGAUCUUGUGCGAGUCAAAGUGCGGGAAUUAUGGAAGCGUCUUAAGGCAAAGGGAUGGAAAUUUGAGAAUAAUGAACUGAUCCCUCCAGCAGGCGAAGACACUCAAAGUCUCCAAGCACACAAGAUAGGGAUAAGCGUUAGUCCUGGUGCUGGAUUUAAGAGAAAAAGGCCUCCCACCUGA